CCGCUUUCUCUUUUUCACCAAGAAACAACUCAUUCUAUUCCUUUACACCACUUCUUGAUCCUCUCUUGUUCAUUACUCAAUCGCCAUGUCUACUGCCGUCAGCUUACCUAUCAACGUUCAGCCUUGGCUCAAGUUUACAGCCACAACCGUUGGUCGUGACAAGAUCUACAGAGCUGUUCAGUAUUUCUCCCGCUUCCUCGCUUGGUACCUUCUCCGCCAGGGUGCCACCAAGGAAACUGUCGCGCGCUUCAACAACCUCAAGAAGACCCUCGGCUUGUCUCGCAAGCUGAUGCGUUUCGGCAAGCCAAUUGAGCACUUGGAAAACGCUGCCAAGGCCACAUCAGUCAAGGAUGAAAUCUUGCGAUUCUUCACCAUUGGCAAGCAGUUGGCCUACGCCGGUUACUUGACCUUUGAUGGAAUUAUCUUUAUCGAUGGAUCAGGUGCCUACAAGUUUAAGAAUAUCAAGAAGUAUAACGAGCUCGCCAGCAGGUUCUGGUUGGCCGGAAUCAUUUUCGGAUUCGUCAGCGGAUUGUACAAGACUCGCCAGCUCCAGAUCCGUCGCGAGGCUGCCGCCCGUGGUCUCUCUAAUAACAGUGAAUCUGAGAAGUCGGACGCUCGUGCUCAGCUUAAGGCUAUUGCAAAGGAGCAGCACACUGUCAACAAACAGCUCCUCCAAGACGGUUUGGAUAUGCUCAUCCCUGCCACUGGUUUGGGUUACCUUAACUUGGACGACGGGGCCGUGGGUCUUAUUGGUACUGCUACUGCCAUCAUGGGAGCUCAGACUCAAUGGGAGAAAGUCAACAAAGUCAACAAGGCAUAAGCUCAGUCUACAGUACUUUUUGAACGAGCUAUGCAAUUAUGGGUGUGGCAUGG